UGCAGCCAGCCACAGACACUUGCUGUUUGUAUGAAGGGGUUUAACCCAAUGAACAAUUCGGUCUGUCUUUCCCAAAAUAAGCCAGUAGGAGAGGGAUCGCAGAGUAAGCCAGGGAGAUUGGAGCAGCGAGGUGCACAGCCCCUGGUUAUAAGUCCUGGGAGUGCUGCUUGGACCCACAGCCUUUAGCUCAAUAUACACUGCCUUGCUGCCUGCCUGACUGCCUGACUGACUUGACUGACUGACUGAGAGUCUCACUCUCUCUCCCUCUCCUGUCCUGCUCCCUCGCUCCUUCCCUCCUACUUCCCACCCUGGAGAGCGAGAGCACACAGAUUGGGAAGGUGCUCCUCAGACCUGCUUCUGGACAGCUUGAAGACGGCACAGAGAGGACGUUUCACUCUUCUCUCACUUGCUCUUUCAUCCUCCCUCUCAAUUUCACCAUCUCUGCCACAAAGCACAUGGAUGGACUUUUUUGCUUUUUGCCAGAGGCAGAAAAAUAAAAGUUAAACAGAUUAUUUACUUCACCUGCAGUUGAAAAUAUCUUUUUUUUUUUUUUUUUUACUUUUUUUUGUUGUUUCCCCCCUGUACUUGUGAGUAGCACUGGACCAGGGUGCAAGCUCUUUGUCCAGGAGGGCACCAUUCCUCUUUUUUGGCUGCAUGUUCAUUGAAUAUCUGAUGCCAUCGCAUCCCAUGGGAGACACGCGUGGCUGAAGCAAGGAGGGAGGUAGAAGAGAGACCCACCUGAAGCUCACACCUACUGCUGCCCUUACCCAGUGUGACUCCCCUGCCCCUUAUCACUCUGAGGAGAGAAAGUUCUUUGUGUGUGACAUCUGAAGCCUGGGAUGCUGUUGACCAUGCUGUUGGCUCCUGCCUGUGUGCUACUGAUGCUGGGGACGCUUGCUCUUGCUGGAGGCUAUCCCCCCAUGCACAACAUUAAGUACAUGCAGCCCAUGAUGAAAGGGCCUAUUGGACCCCCAUUCAGAGAAGGCAAGGGACAUUACGUUGAUAUGCCACCCAUGGUUGAAGUGAAGGGGGAACCAGGCCCCCAAGGGAAACCUGGACCAAGAGGCCCUCCUGGGCCAGCAGGACUUCCAGGUAAACCUGGACUGGGAAAGCCAGGUCUCAAUGGCCAGCCAGGUCCUCAGGGGCCUCCUGGCUUUCCAGGAAUGGGUAAGCCUGGACUUCCGGGUCUCCCAGGAAAGAUUGGGCCAAAGGGGAUGCCAGGGCUUAAUGGCGAGGUUGGCCCUCGUGGUGAACCAGGUUCCAGAGGUUCUCCAGGGCAGCCAGGCCUCCCUGGCCCAGCAGGCCUGUCUCUGAAUGGGAAACCUGGACUUCCAGGCAUCAGAGGCCCCUCUGGGGCUCGGGGUGAACCGGGAUUAAAGGGUCUUGCUGGCCCACCAGGUGAACGUGGGCUGAAAGGCGAGAAUGGAAACGGGAAGCCAGGGCCUUCAGGUAUAAGGGGACCACCUGGGCUAAAAGGCAGUCCAGGACCACCAGGUCUUCCAGGUAUAGGCAAACCAGGACUAAAAGGUUUACCUGGACUGCCUGGUCCUAAAGGUGAUCAAGGACUCUCAGGGGAACGAGGCGAACCAGGAGAGGCUGGGGCUCCAGGUCUGCAAGGUCUACCAGGGCCAGUUGGGUUAGGGAAGCCUGGACUAGAUGGACUGCCUGGAGGACCAGGUCCACUAGGUCCAAAAGGUGAGCCAGGGCCCAGGGGUUCUCCUGGAUUUCCUGGGACUCCUGGCUAUGGAAAACCUGGUCUGAGUGGCCCAAAAGGAGAAAAGGGCUAUGAUGGGUUGCCUGGUGUCCCAGGGGACAAAGGAGAGCAAGGAAUGGUGGGCCAAAUUGGGGAACCAGGCCUUGAUGGUCAACAAGGACCACCAGGACUUCAAGGCCCAAUGGGACUUCCUGGAAAACAUGGAAUGCUAGGACAGAAGGGAGAGCUGGGGCCCCAGGGCCCUCCAGGACUGCCUGGCCUCAGAGGUGACCAAGGACCGAGUGGAUCCUUUGGAAAACCUGGCAUCCCUGGAGAGAAAGGCAUCCCUGGGCCUAAUGGUCCUAUUGGAAAACCUGGACCCAAAGGUGAGGCAGGGCAUAUUGGCCUACCUGGCAAUCCAGGGGCAACAGGUGCUCCAGGGUCUAAAGGUGAGACAGGGUUUAUAGGGACUCCAGGCCCCAGGGGCCAGUCAGGCAUUCCUGGUCUACAGGGUCCCAUGGGUCCCAUGGGGCCACAGGGUGUCCCUGGCCUAAAGGGUGAACCUGGACUUCCAGGGGCUCCAGGACUGGGUAAGUUUGGAGAGAAGGGAACAAUAGGUCCCCAGGGUCCUCCAGGGAAACCUGGCACUCCUGGGCUUAAUGGUAACCCCGGCGUUCCUGGUCCUCCAGGGCCCCCCGGUCCUCCAGGAAAUGGUCAAACAGUUGUUGCAGGGCCAACAGAUUCACAGUUGGAAGGGGAUGAAGUACCAGGGGACAGGAAAGGGCCUGCAUACAGUCAAGUCCCACUCUCUGCCUCUGUGGCACCAGCCUUCACAGCCAUCCUCACCACACCUUUCCCUCCCUCUGCCAUGCCAAUCAAAUUUGACAGGACCCUGUACAAUGGGCAAAAUGCCUACAGCACUGCUACUGGCAUGUUCACUGCUCCUUUAUCUGGUGUCUACUAUUUUGCGUACCACAUGCAUGUAAAGGGAACAAGCCUGUGGGUGGCACUGUACAAGAACAAUGUACCAGCCACUUACACUUAUGAUGAAUACAAGAAAGGCUACAUGGACCAGGCGUCUGGUAGUGCUGUCCUAGAGCUGAAGGAGGGUGACCAGGUAUGGGUUCAGAUGCCCUCGGAUCAGGCAAAUGGCCUCUAUUCCACCGAGUACAUCCACUCCUCCUUCUCAGGAUUCCUGCUCUGUCCCACAUAACCCUGUCCUUUUAUUCAAACAUGUUCCUGUAUAGGCACCUCAGAGGAGCCCUUAACCUAAAAUACCUGCAGCCAUAACAGAAACACAAAACCCAUAGGAUUCUCAAUAUUAUUGCCAUCAUCUUUAUCUGUCUCACCCUCAGCAACAUCAGCGGAAAAAAACAAACUUUGUGAAUGAAAUAUUGAAAGUUUUAAAAGGCAGGGGAAGGAAUUUCAUACUGUGUUCUUUGUUUCAAUGUACUUUAAAUGUGUGUUUUGGGUUGUAUUUUAUGUUGGUGUUUUUAGCUUAUAUUAUUUUAAUUAUUAUAUUGUCAUAAUUUUAUUAUUUGGUCCUUGUCAUCAAUGUUGUUGUUGUUGUUUAUCAGAUUUAGACUAUUAAGUGCCUUACUUUGUAAUGUGCUAGUAACAGACCUUCCCAUGUGACUGCACAUCCUGCCCACAUGCUCUGACAUCACCAGACCCUUGGGGGUGAUUGGUUCCUCUGGCUGCAGUCACAUCCCCAAUGUGUUCUUAUUUAAACCGAAUGGCAAUACUGAGCAACAAUAAAACAUAGAAAAUAGAGACAAACAAUAGCAAAACAAGGCAUUUUGUACUGUAAUACCAAUUUCUUUUGUUUGGCCGUUUUGGUACUCUAAGCAAUUUCUUGUCAAAAGUCUUUCUUUUUAGAUUUGACAAUUAGUUGGCAUCUGUAGGAUGCUUAUUUCUCUGCUCUUUUCUAAAUUUAAUAGGCGACCAUUAAAACUAAUCUUUAUCUUUCUUAUAAUUUAUUGAACUGUCCAUAAAUGCAAUCCAAGAAAUACAAUCCAAGAAUAAAUAUGACCUCACAGUAUUAUAAUUUUAAAAUGUAACUACCCUUUUAAAGAGGAAAAUGCCUUUUUUUUUUUUUUUUACUUUUAGGACAAUAAUAAUUAAGGAUGAUAUGUAUGCAUACAGUUGAUGUUUACAUAGAUACUGAGAGCAACUGCAAAAUGGACAGUAAGGACACAACUCUAGCUGGAUCAAUGGCCUGUUUACUUGUAUCAAUCUGAUUUUUCCCAUGUGCACUGCAAAUCUCAUCACAGUGUCACAUUAAUUCUCUUUAGAUGCUCUAACAAUGACAUUACUGCUUUCUAAUGAUAUACUACCUAUUAACAAAUAUGUAUCACAAUAACAUUCCAAGUAAGCAAUCUGUACUGACAUACUAUAGGCCCCAUUUUGACCACAUAUUGCUGUGAAUACGCUAUAAUUGUUUUGGACAAUAGGGAUGACAAACAAAAUACAUCCACUUCUUUCUUCAAUGCCAGUUUCUAUGUUACUUUUUGCUGGGGAAAUAAGAGCAAUUCUGUAUCAUUUGUGAAUGAAAAGAGUUUCUAUAAAUUCUCAACACCAUUGUAAAAUAGCUGAAUUAUUGUUUUUCCUAAUGUAACAUCCGUGGCUACAAGGACAAGAUAUUUCAGAACCGAAUAAUGUCAAAAGUAUACAGCUGGAAAUGAGAAUCAAUCUGCAUAUACUUCAUGAAUAAGUAAAGGGACUGACUGAGGCCCACGGGUUGUGAAAUACAGGUUGUGUAACAUUUAACAAACCCCUGCCAGAUUUCUGGAAGAGUGUUGGGCCAGAGGUGAGAGUGGUGUAUUUACUCAUUUAUGUUGGAUGAGGCAUUACAAAAUACAUGCUGUGUGUGUAUAUGCAUGUGUAUGUAUGUAGGUGUACCCUUCUGUUGUCACUGUGUCAAUGUGUGUGUGUGUGUGUGUGUGUGUGUGUGUGUGUGUGUGUUUUUGUGUGUGUGUGUGUGUGUGUGUGUGUGUGUGUGUGUGUGUGUGUGUGUGUUUGUGUGUGUGGUUCACAUUGUCGCCCUGGAAUUCAGGUCAUGAAAACUUCUGUGAGGAUAAUACCAAAGUUGAAUGAAGUUACAAAACCUUAGGAAGAGCUGCGACACAGUCCUGUUAAUGUUCCACAAGUAAUCUGACUCCAAAAUCUUUCAGCCUGCUUUGGGUUUUUAAGAGAAAUUCACAUACUCAAAUGUUGCCUUUGCAAAGUAAGGAAACAAGUUUAUAAAUCAGGUAAAUGUUAAGAUGGUAGACAGAGAAAAAUGACAUAAAAUUUACAUGAGAUAAGAAGACAAUGUUUACUACACCAAAAAUUACUGGUUAACACUGAACACUUUUGACAAUUUUGCAUAUUGGUUCAAUGAGUGAAAUAAUGGUGUGCAAUAACGUUUGUGUUGCACCAAGUCAUGAACAAAAAACUACAUUCUGGUGAAGUGUGCAAGGUCUUUAAUCAAUGGUUGCAGUUACAGAAAAGAGGAGGUUUGAGCAAAAUUGAGAAACUUAGCUUAUAUUACCGAUUUUGUGCCUUUACUAAUGACACCCAAACACUAUCAUUACACUGAAUUUAGGACUACCUUACACCUUGAUGGAGGGAUGUCAAUGUACAGGAGGAUUGUGCCAAAUAUUGAGCUUUGCAAUCAGAAUGAAUGUAUACUGUUUGACUGAUUUACAAUAGUUUCUAUAAGUCAUCUACCAUGCUGUGUCACUAUACAUAAACAGUAACUCUUCUGGAAAAGCAGUGCUAGGAUACGGCCUAAUCAGUAUUUUAAGUCUAUGCAAUGCAAACAAUGCACUUGCUCUUGCCCUUUCCGUCUCAUAACAUAAACACACCUACAUCUGCUACGUAGCAUUAUUGUUAUGUAAGUCUACAAGACAGUCCAAGGCUUGUUAUGUACUGUAUGUUGCCUUUUUUUGUUGCCUUCUAUUUUUUGUACAUUUGGAAAUAGUGAUGUGAGUUACAUGUGGCUAUAACUCUCUGUCCUUGUGUUUUCAUACACAAUGUCACUUGCUUGCAGAGUUUGCCCUGUGUGCAAAUCAUUUAAAAAACAAACAAAAAAAAGAUUUAAAAAAGCCUUGCUUCCGUUCUUAAGGGAUAUUUGUUUGUUUUAGUUUCAAUAAAUACAAAUGGCCAUUCCCAUUUGCACAUGAAAUUAAUGAAGAUGUAUUUAUACAUUUAUGAUAAUUUAAUAGGGAUGCCAAAACUGACCACCGAAGCCUAGAACAUAUAAAUGGUAUUUAACAGCAUUGAUGAGUUAAGAGCAUUUACAACAUAUAGUUAGCAUUCUAGAGUUGUUUGUGAAGGAUUAUUUGUGGACUUUUAUUUUCUAUUUGCGUAAUGUACAAUGUAUCAACUUAUAGGAUGUUUUUCAUAUAAGGCUAUUGCGUGCACUCUAUGCAAUAGAAUUUGGGUAUAAAAUGCACUCUUUUUGAUUGAAAAUGUUUGUCUGCUUAUACAAAAUCUACAGUACUUGAUUGUAUUGAUACCACAUCAAUAAAAAAACCUUCUUGUA